AUGAUGAAAGCCAUCAUUAUUUUCCUAUUAAUUUCGAUUAAAUGCAACCAUUUAUACGGAUUAAUUACUCUUUUCAAUUGUACGUUCGAUAAUGGACUUGUUGAUGAUUGCAAUUUUCCAGCAGUGCUUACCGUAGCCGACACCCUUGAUAUAGACAUAGGCUACACAUUAACUGAUGGUAGCAUCACUCCACCUGGUCGACCUCUAUCCGAUGCUUCAUCUGUGUUUUUGCCUACAGACAACGGAGAAACGUGUCUAUUUCCGUACGAGUUAAAUGGAUGGGAUAUGCAUUUUUGUCUAUUUCAAGAAAAUACAAAUGAUUCCACAUGUCCUACAAAAUCGGGAAAUCAAACAUGCGCUCGAGGUCUAUAUGGAUAUAAGACUACCGCGGAUCCAUUGGGUUUUCUUGAUAUUUACAGAUCAGUUCAAACGAUAAUUGUUAAUUCAACUGAUGAAGAAUUAUGUCUUAGUUUUUACUACUAUUUUACUAAUAGUCUUCGAGAACCAAACAUUACUAUUGUGAUGUCUGGACAAUUAAAUACAUCGAACAGUGAAACUAUUGUAAAUGUAACAGCCAGUGGCGAAGAUAGAUGGUACUAUAGCCAAACAACAUUUAUAGUACUACCAGAUACAUAUCGUCUCACGUUUUAUUUCCGUCGAGCUCCAGACGUUAGUGAUACAACUAACUUUACGUUCGCUCUUGAUAAUAUAUCAAUAACAACUGGAUCAUGUUUUAAUGCUGCCAAUGGUAGUGCAACAACAGAUGCCUUGGCAUUUAGUGAAACAGUUACUGCAUCGGCGAUUUCGGAAACACACACAACAGAACGACUUCCUACUACUCAAAUGAUUGAAUCGAUGGCCACUAGUUUGAAGAACGAAACAGUUGCUGCAUCUACGAUUUCGGAAACACACACAACAGAACGAGAUACUACUGCUCAAAUGAUUGAAUCGGUGGCCACUAGUUCGAAGAGUUCUACAACGGUGUCGAUCCUGCCCACUUAUACUACCUCCAAGACUUCAACUACUACAACUCCACUGAGGACAACUUUGACUACUCACUCAACCACUACUCAUUCAAUUCGAACAACAAAUAGCACUAUUGCAAAAACAACGACAACUAAUAACCCGACAAAUAUUCCUCCUAGAACUAGUUCUUCCACCACUCGUUCGCAAAUGACUACUUCUUCCACCACUCGUUCUCAAAUGACUACUUCUUCCACCACUCGUUCUAUUACAACAACAUCCAAGACUUCAAGCAGUAGAUCAACAUGGAUUCCAUCAUUGAUUUCCAUCAUCACUGUUUUGGUCUAUACUUUAAAAUUCACAAUUUAA